AUGGAGGCCAUUCAAACCCAUCCCACCAACGCAGCGCAAGCUAAGGCCUUCACUGCGCCUGGGUCCCUCUCCUUCCCUGGUGGCUCUCACGAGCUCCCUCCUGCCCCGCCUGGCGUUCAAGCUCCCGUCAACGGCCAAGUUCCCGUGGCCAACGGCCAGCAAGGCGCAAACGGUACCGGGGUGACUCCCGCGACCCCCGCCGCGACUCCUGCUGCCACUCAGGGUGGAAGCGGUUUGACUCCUACGUUGCAGAACAUCGUUGCCACGGUCAACCUCGAUUGCCGCUUGGACCUGAAGACGAUUGCCCUGCACGCGAGAAACGCCGAGUACAACCCCAAGCGUUUCGCCGCCGUCAUCAUGCGUAUUCGCGAGCCCAAGACCACCGCUCUGAUCUUCGCCUCUGGUAAGAUGGUCGUCACUGGUGCCAAGUCUGAGGAUGACUCGAAGCUUGCUUCUCGCAAGUAUGCCCGUAUCAUCCAGAAGCUUGGUUUCAACGCCAAGUUCACCGACUUCAAGAUCCAGAACAUUGUCGGAUCUUGCGACAUCAAGUUCCCCAUCCGCCUCGAGGGUCUCGCCUCUCGCCACCACAACUUCAGUUCUUACGAGCCUGAGCUGUUCCCUGGUCUCAUCUACCGCAUGAUCAAGCCGAAGAUCGUGCUUCUCAUCUUCGUCUCCGGCAAGAUCGUUCUCACUGGUGCCAAGGUGCGAGAGGAGAUUUACCAGGCUUUCGAAAUGAUCUAUCCCGUGCUUCAGGGUCAGUACUUUUCUCUCGAUCAUGUUACCCAACUUCAACUAACCAUCACCCAGAUUUCCGCAAGGUCUAAGGCACCGAAGCCAAGGAUGGAUCGUCGACAGCUGUCGAUGUAUCACUAUCACCAAAAAAAAAAAAACACGACCGACUUGUACGAUUAG